AGACAGGAAGGUAUGAUCAUUAUCAUACGCAGAUGACAUUGUAUUGAUAGCGGACAGAGAAGAGGAGUUAAAGGAAAUGAUGAAGAGAUUUAAGACAUUCCUAGAGGAAGUGAAACUGGAACUGAGCACCGAAAAGACAAAAGUAAUAGUGUUUGAAAAGAGGAGGAACAAGAGGAGGCAAAGGAAAUGGAGAUGGGGGAACAAGAACUAGAAGAAGUGGAUGAGAUUAGGUAUUUAGGGUACAUACUGCAAAAAAACGGGAGCGACGAGAAGCAUAUCCAAGACAGAAAAAGGAGGGCAGCAAUUGCGAUGAAGAAGACAUGGAGCGUAGGAGAAAGGACAUUUAAAAGGGACUACAAGAGGAGAAUGAGGAUGUUUGGAGCACUGGUAGAGAGUGUAGCGCUGUAUGGAACGGAGGCGUGGGGAUGGAAUAUAGAGGAGAGACUGGACAGGGUAAAAAGGAGAUACGUGAGAUGGUUGCUAGGCUUAGACACAACAACGCCAAAUUACAACCUGAGAGAGGAAUGCAAGAUAGAGGAAAUUAGAGAAAAGGCACUGAAAAGAGCAAUAAGGUACGAGGAGAAGGCCUUGGAAUCGAAGAAGGAAUUAGUGAAAGAAUGUAUAAAGGAGAGGGAAAGGAAUUGGGGAAAGGGCCAAGAAGGGAAAAGAGCAAGGAAAAGAAAGAUGAGGUUAGAGGAGGCGAGAGAGGGAAGGACUCAAGGAGAGGCAGGAGAUAGACAAGAAAGAAUGACAGCGAACCAGAUCAUAGAAGAAAGAAGGAAAAGAGAAACAGAGGAAAGGGAGAAAAGAAUAAGGGAAUCUAAAUACAAUAGACAGUACAGAAACAUAGCGAAAGGAGGGCUACCAAAAAUAUCUAGAAGGAAAGAUGAAAUGGAAGGACAGAAGUAUAGUAGCAAGAUUUAG